AGCAUGGCAGUCGUCGUACAGUAUUACAUGGCGCCAUGUUGCCCCUAGGCGCACGUACGCUCCACCAACGUUGGUGAAUACUAUGUGAAACUCCGUGGUCCUGUUGGCGCUAGGGGUGGGCGUGGCAUCGUGCAGCAGCCUCGCCGUCUGUCCGUGUGCUAGCAGGUGACUGUCGGGUGUCUUCAGCAUAGGAUCUGGGGUACCGGUCCGUACGUAAGCACGCCAGGAUCCACGCCUCCGGAACUAGGCUCGCCUCCGACGUCAUUGCCGCAAUACGUUCGAUAUAUAACCGUAAACAACGCAGCGUAGCAGCAGUAGCGAGAUAAGCUGACGUGCAAGUUCUGCGAAGAAAAGGUUCUGUCGACGUCUAUAUUGCAUAGCAUCUGUGACUUGAAUCAAAUUCCUAUUACGAAUAACAUUUUCUGUGAGCUUUGGAGUCAUUAAAGAUGGCACGCGUUGGACUGCUGCUGCUCGGCAGCAUCGUCUGUCUAACUAUUAGCUGGUGCGUGGUGAAUGCACAAGUAGGAAUAAAUAUCCCGCCUCCACCAGGCGGAGGGGGCGGGCGACCGAGGCUUCAUAUCGUACGAGGUACGGUAGCUCCACGAGACAAAUACCCGUGGCAGGCGUUCCUGUCCGCCGCCAAGACUCCCGGCGACUUCAAGUACAACUGCGGCGGCUCGCUGGUCGACAGCUGCCACAUCGUCACCGCUGCCCACUGCGUGCGCAACAAGGAGCUCGUGAAUCUGCGAGGUCGCUUCGGAGAGUACAACAGGUCCGUGGACGAAGGCAACGAGGUUGAUGUAGACUACGACAGUUUUGUUCUACAUCCGACGUCAGAUGUCGCUGUCGUCCGCCUAACGGCGCCCGUCCAGUUCACCCCCUACAUCCGGCCGAUCGCCAUGCGCCCCACGAAGCUGUUCGGCGUGCCACAAGUCGGCAAUCGCUGCUCGAUAUCUGGCUUCGGAGUGACGGACCCGAGCACGCUAGAGCAAGCCGAAGUGCUGCAGGAGCUGGAGCUGACGAUCGCGAGUCCCGAGGAGUGUCGGGCGCGCGACCGCAUCACGCUGAAGGACGACGAAUUCUGCGCCGGAUUUCCCACCGGAAGCUACUCAAACGUCUGCUACGGCGACUCGGGCGGGCCGGUUUCGCUGCGGCUGCCGAACGGAGUCUGGGUGCUGGCGGGCAUCGUCAAGCGAGGCAUACGUAACUGCCCCGAUCGAUUCCGCUACGCCGUCUACACGAACAUCAGCAACGUUCACGAUUGGAUCCUCGAGAACACGCGCGACGUGUACGUUGAUGCCGCCGGAACGACGUGCGUGCACGCGCCCGGCGGCAUCGCCGUGCAGCCGCGCGUCAGUGUCUCCAGUGGGCGCUCCGGUCCGCCCGCCAUCACCGGGUUCUCGGUGAGUAGAAACAGGCCCACGCUGAACAGUCCGCCGCGCCAGCUGGACGACUAUCCCGCCAGCCUGCGGCAGUACAUCAGGUCCGUCGCACGACCUUAAGCCUUAGGGAGCUUGGCUGCAGCCGUGCGUCACGCGCGACUAUAUUACGCAGCAGCACGCAAAGCCGUCGGAAUUCCUCCGCUGCCGCCUACAGUCAUCGUCGCCCACGCUCACUUGCUGUUCACGGAUCUAAAAUAAUCCGGUUUUUUCCCGAGGGCUCAGGUAGUACAGAGCUGCACUAACUGGUUCUAACGAUAGAUGUCGCAUGAAAUAGCAUUGUGACGUAUGUUUAUUCGUAUUAUUAUUAUUAUUAUUAGGAGUGAACAAGAACAAAUUUGAUUUUAUUCACUCCUGUUAUUAUUAUAAUUAUUAUUAUCUUAAAAUGUAUUUUAAUUUGCCCAUGUAAUUUAAAGAGCUUAUUAAAACGAAUGGUAAUUAAUAAUAAAAGCAAUGAUGAGAUGACUCGGUAUACUUAGUACGUAAUUCAAUCUGCAUAUUAUACUAAAAGGUUAACUGGUAGUAAAUAUUUUGGCGUGGAAAAAGAAAGGUUGUAAAUAAGCGUUCUAUAAAUUAUGGAAUCGAUAUAAAUUAAUAUGAUCGUAAAUAUCUGUAACAAAUGUUUUCGAUAUGAAUAUAAUUAUAUAUAAUAAUACUAUAAUAUAUAUUAUUUAUAA